UGCUGAGAAUGUUAUUGAAUGUAAACAUUUAGAAACAUCUCUUAAACUCAUGGGAUUAGGAGAUUACCCCUAAACCUUUCCAUCAGCGGUUUCAUGGUCUUCAUCUUGUUGCCAAACAUCCACUUACAUUCCCUUUGAUUAAUUGAAGAUCAAACCAUAUGGGGCAAUUCUGUCGUUCAAAUACUCACCGGCCUUUCUCGUGUUUACAGAAUUACUGAGAUAUUUCCUUCAGCCAAAGCUUCUUCGCACACCUAGAUCUCACAGUUUUUCCACUUAUAAACGAAGGAUUCGGCUGUUUCAAAUGUCUAAAAAUCAUAUUCUCGAAAAUCUCUCACAGAUGAGCAGGUUCGCGAUUGGUCUUCUUGUGAUUAUUUUGCCUUACCUAUGUAAACACUGCAAAACCAGUGUUGAUAGUAAAAAUAGCUAGUCUGCCGUUUUUGACAUAGUGCAUCUAAUGCAACGACUUUACUUUUACACUUAAUUGAUUGGCAUUCCCCAUAGACUUAAAUCUACCAACAUCUUUAGAACCGAUGGAAACACCUAGGUUGAAUGAUCUCAAUUCCUUGGUCAAGCUAGCAGCUCUAUGCUUAGAGCUUAACCUGCCUAAAUUCAAGGGCCUCAUACAAAUACAAUAUUAACGUCGAUGCUCUUUCGCUCGAGCCCAAUAUAGUUGCAUUUAUCCUUAUUACUAGUGUUGUUAAAAACCACGAUUUCGCCGAUUUAAAAACUCCUAAAUCAAGUAUUUAACUAAACAAAUAUUAACAUAUUAACUAAGCCUCGAUAUUUCACCAAAUGACGGGAGAUAGGCUUGGCACUCUUUUGGAAAAAUCUCGAGACUUAGAUUUUGAAAACCGAUUCUGCCGUCGUAUGCAUUCGUCACUCGUGAUUUCUUUACAUUAGAUACAACUUGUUUCCGCAUUUAAUCAUUGAUAGUAUUUCGUAAGAAGUGGUAUUCAUAAGGAAAAAAUAAAUUGGGUAUUAAAUAAAUAGUAGAAAAAAUAAAUCGGGUAAAAUAAAGAGGUCAAUCACAAAUUCCACCCUCGCCUUAUGUUUUCGUUGCUCGGGAGCUGCCAGCUCGACUUGCACCAUAAUUCGCUCCUGAAGCGAAUUCCUCUUUUAGGGGAUAUCCCCAAAACAAAUUACGUAGAAUUCGAUAUAUCCGCAGCGAAAACUGUUCCUGUUAUAACGAGUUCGAAUUCUAUCAAGCGUAGAAGGUACAGCGGGUGCUCCGAUAAGAUAUUUUUCCACCAUCAUUCGUUGAACCUAGUCGUAGCCAACAAUAUUAACAAGAAUCCUAUCGCCCUAGACCUAGCUCGUAAAAUAAGUCUCAAAUAUCGGAGGUUGCAGAGGCUUAACAACAAGCCAAGGAGCCGAAACGCCUUAGUUGAUCCCUUCCUUGCAUUCGAUAAUUCGACAAACGAAUCCAAUAACCACAAAAAAGCUGACAGCGGAAACGUUCAUCCCAUUAGAUCUAAAAGGGAAGAUCAAAAUUUGCCUAUACCGUUUUAUCCGGGUUAUACAGUUCCGAACGGUUCCAAUCAUUCGUCAAAACCCUUCCAGCUUUCCGCUUCUGACCACACCUGGAAAAAAAUUCCCUCCCUAGAACACCCUCAACCCAACCUCAAAAAAUGGUUGUCAAUAUUUCAGAAUUGGGACAACGCCGAACGAUCCCUGGCAUUGAAAGAGGUCAUCAAAUUAUGCCACCCCUCCCAGAUCCGUCACAUGAUGAAUAUCAUAGAACCCCUAUUCCAGCGAGAUUUUAUAUCGCUCUUACCUAAAGAAUUGGCGCUUUACGUUUUAUCUUAUCUAUCGGCUGAUGACCUUCUCAGAUCCGCAGCUACAUGCCGUAAAUGGCGAGUGUUGGCGCACGAUAAUUUACUUUGGCGGGAAAAAUGCCGUGAGUUAAACAUAUCUUCGAACGUCAAUUUGCCAAUAUCUUCCAAUUUUUCGAAUUCUUCCUACCGCUCUGUCACUAUGAAUGGCUACAAAGAAAAAUGUGUGGGGACAGAUGUUAGUGAAAUGGUUGACACACAUUGGAAAAACGUAUACAUUCGUGACAAAAAAAUAGAAGUCAAUUGGCGUAAGCGACCCAUUACGCGCGUCAAAGUCUUGAAAGGUCAUGACGAUCACGUGAUAACUUGCCUUCAAUUCGACGGCCGUUAUGUUGUUAGUGGGUCCGAUGACAACACCUUGCGCGUCUGGUCUGUUUCUUAUCCCCGCGGCCCCACCCCUACUUCCUUUCCCUCGCUUUCCGACAAUAACCCUUCUGCUCCUUCCCCUCAUCUAGGCUUCACCCCAUCAAUCCAUCCCGCCAAUUUGAACCUGACACCGUCGGCUCCUCAUCCUCUUUACAAGGAAGGGCGUUGCUUGGCUACUUUAACAGGCCACACAGGUGGAGUUUGGAGCUCGGAGAUGGCGGUUUCUGUCGGUCCAGAUAGGCAGAGAAUUAUAACGGUAGUUAGCGGUUCGACAGACCGAACCAUCAAAAUCUGGCGCAUCAUAGAUCACGAAGACGAUAUCGAUUAUGACGCAGGAAAAGAGUUAGUGGACGAUGAAGAAAUGAUAUUGGAAAACCUUUCUUACCCUCUGCCGCAACCUGAGACCCUCCCAUCUUCGGAACAUCUUACCAAGGGGCAAGGUAGUAAAUGUAUUCACACACUCACUGGUCAUACCUCGACCGUCAGAUGUAUGAGCCUCAAAGGAGACAGAGUGGUUAGCGGAUCGCGUGAUGCCACGCUUCGCCUCUGGGAUAUCCGCAGCGGUGUUUGUGCUGGCGUAAUGCUCGGCCAUGUGGCUGCGGUACGUUGCGUCGCCUUCGACGGGCGUCGCGUUGUUUCCGGAGCCUACGAUUAUACCGUUAAGGUCUGGGACGCUGUCACUCGCGACUGCCUUCACACUCUCCACGGUCACACUAAUCGGGUCUACUCAUUGCAGUUUGACGGUUCCCAUAUAGUCAGUGGCUCAUUGGAUACUUCGAUCCGUGUGUGGGAUGUGGAGACCGGAACUUGUUUGCACACUCUCGUCGGACAUCAGUCUCUGACGAGUCGAAUGGAACUCAAGGACAAUCUGUUAGUGUCGGGCAACGCCGACAGCACUGUCAAGAUAUGGGAUAUCAAAAGUGGCCAAUGCUUGCACACCCUACACGGGCCUCAUAAACACCAAAGCGCCGUUACUAGUCUCCAAUUCGAUCGGGGAAAAACUGUCCUAACUUCCUCUGACGAUGGCACCGUCAAGCUUUGGGAUGCUCGCACUGGCGAAUAUAUAAGAGACUUGGUAAAGCUCGACUCUGGUGGUUCUGGAGGGGUUGUUUGGCGCAUCAAGGCCGGGCCUACCAAGCUGGUCUGUGCCGUGGGUAGCAGAAAUGGAACAGAGGAAACUAAGCUUCUCGUCCUGGAUUUUGGACUGGUGGGCGGAAAGAAUGAUUUUUAAUAAUUAUAUUAUAUCGAUGACUUAAAUUUUAGUAAAAUAAUUUCCCUACCCCUCCCUUUCUCCUUAACUAAAAAAAUUUACACGAACGAUUACGCAAUUAUAGUAUCACUUACCCGGGUCUUCAUUUUUUAUGAUUUGGGAAAAUUGUGAAUUAACCCAGGACAAAGACUAAAUAAAAAUGCAUCUUAGAUAA